AUUCAAUCCCCGAUAAAUCUUUCUUUCAUGAUUGGUUCAAUUGAAAGGUAUGUUCUCCUUUAUUGACUUUACCCUCUUGCCUUUUAACUUUCUAGACAUUAUCCUCGUUGUGAUUCAAUGUGAGAAUCUUGAAAAUCUGGUAAAAGCCUAUUUCAUCGUCUUGUUUCUUAAAAGCUUUAAUCUUUACCAAACUUUAUGAUUGUCCAUGAAAAAUCUCAAAUAUAUUGUGGAAUGUAUAAAUUAAUUGAUGGGUUCUUUAUAACGUGGCUUCUGCACCUUGCGGGUUUCAACAAUUCCUUAACCUGCUUUCCUAUCGGGUCUACAUAAUUGCUCUCUAGGUUCACAAAAUUGAGGGCGAAAAGGUUUUUUCGGUAUAAAUGGAUGAUGGGUUUAACGAACGUAUGGCGGCAAUACUGAAAGUCCUUAAAGCCAGAGAAAUUUUCAAAGUGGACAAUAACCCAUGCCGAAUUGAAGAGGGCCUUUAUUUAGGUUCCCUAGGAGCUGCUAAUAUGAGGAGUACUUUGAAAAGCUUAAAAGUCACGCAUAUUUUGAGCAUCACGAGCUCACUUGCCCAGUCUCAUCUUGAUGAUUUUGUGUACAAAACUAUUCAAGUGUCUGAUAAAGCAGAUGCAAAUAUAUCUCAAUAUUUUGAUGAGUGCUUCAAAUUUAUUGACGAAGCUCGAGCAAGAGGAGGUGCUGUUUUGGUUCACUGUUUUGCUGGAAGAUCAAGAAGUGUGACUAUUGUCGUGGCUUAUCUGAUGUUUAAAAAUGGGAAGAGCUUGUCUGAAGCUAUGGGGUACGUGAAGUCGAAAAGAGCAGUGGCAUCUCCAAAUUAUGGUUUUAUGUUACAGUUACAAGAAUACGAAACCUCUCUUCAAGGAAGCAAGAGCCGAGCAGGUUAUGAAUCUCAUAAAAGUGAUGCCCAUGUAUAGAUUUUUUUAGUUUAAUUGNAAAAAAAAGAAGAAAAAGAAAAAAAAAAACAGA